AUGUCCGGGUCUGAGCAGCGCACAGUCGUCAAGCGCUCGGCAUCUGAAGAAGCGAAUGAUGCGCCUCCUAUGAAACUCAGACCAGUGCAGGUCAAGUUGAAGGGCAAGGCGUGGACAAAGCAUCCUGACUAUUAUCUCGAAGACGGAUCACUGACUUUACUCGUUGAAGACAUCGCAUUCCGCGUUCAGGGAUCCCUUCUCAUCCGACAAUCUCAGCAUUGGAAAGAUACUCUUGGAAGCGAUCCAAAAGAGAGUUAUGAGCCGCAAGAGCUCGGCGGUGUCAAGAAAAACGAGAUGACUGCCUUCUGCGCUGUCUUUUGGCCUGCCACCGUUGGGCGCUACUUUCUGCCCUUGGCCGAGAGUUGGGCUUCCGUACUCCGGCUCGCCUCUCUCUGGGGAAUCGCCGGCAUGCGCUCGCUCGCCAUAUCAGAACUCCAAACGAAGGCAACCCCCCUACUCAAGCUGGUGCUUGCUCGUACACAUGACAUACCGAACUGGGUAGAGCCAUCACUUGACGCUUUGGCGCGUCGCGCCGAACCUCUGUCGCUUCAGGAAGCCAACACGCUUGGAAUGGAGGACGUCCUGCGUGUCUCCGCUGCUCGCGAAAGGCUGAGCAAGACGCAAGUUGUGCAGCCCGCCCCGGGCGCGACCGUACGGGCGCCAGACACUCGUACACCCACCCGUGUUGGUAGCUAUAAUCCCUUUGGGUCUGCCUUCGGCUCUGGGUCUGCCUUUGGAUCUGGCCCUGCCUUUGGCUCUGGCUUGCAAGACAAAGCCGCACCCGCCACCCCUGCAAAGCCCGUCGCACCUCCACCGCCUGCCAAGCCGCCCUUGCCACUCAUUACCUCGCCUUUCACUCCUAAGGAACUCGAAGAUCUCUCUACCUAUCUAACGGGCACGAAGAGUUGGGAUAAGAUCUUCGGCAUGGUGACGACAGAGAAGUUCCCCGCCUUUUGUCACGCCGCGGCAGAUUUCAGCGAUCUGUUGGUGCCGCAUAGCCUCUCUCACGGAUCUCUGAGCGCGGCUUUGUUCAAGUACGUCGCAACUCGACCAGCAUACAUCCCCACGGCCGUCAAGAUCGCGGCAUUCAUGGUGUCGCACAGCGAACACGGAGAGCCGAAGUACAGCCCUGCAGUGACAAGCACCCUUAAACUUGGUUUCGGAGGUAACCUCCAGAGCGACGUGGACGGUCUGCGUGGCCUAUGGGGGACCGUGAAAGAGGCAAAGGUGAAGUAUCCGGACUUCAAGCUGGCGUACAAGUCCGGAUCUCGCCAUCGCCCUCUCGCUGCCGCUCUUCUGGACUUCGAGCUGUACGGUGAACCUCCCCGUGAGGCACUGUACAAUGAACGUAGUGCAAAUGCUCUGCGGUUCAUCACGGCGCUCUCGGCCGAUCCUACUCGUCUGAUCAAGUAG